UAAAACCCCCAAACUCUUUUCGCAGCCACUCGAAAACCCUAAACAGGCAGUAGUCGCCAGCCAUGGUCAAGUCUAAGAAAGAAUCCAUUACCAAAGUUGAAGCAGCACUUGACUCAAAGACGAAGCCGUCGAAGAAAAGUAAGAGAGAUGUUGAAGUUGAUUUGGACAUCCCAAAGGAUGCCAAGAAGCAGAAGAAAGAGUUGAUUCAAGCUGUGGAAAAGGCACCACCAAAGAAGAACAAGAAGAAGAAGAAAAAGAAGAAGAAGAAUGCUAAUGUUGAAAUGGCGGAGGCAGAGCAGAAACCAAUUGCAAAACAACCCAAGACGUUAUUUGCUGGACGCCUUCCCUUUCACAUUGAAAAAUCUGACUUAGAGAGUUUCUUCAAAGAAGUUGGUGAAAUCAAAGAUGUUAGACUUGCUAAGGGAAUCGCACAUGUAGAGUUUGCUUCUGAAGAAGCAGCUCAGAAGGCAAUGAAACUGAAUGGUAAACCAUUACUAGGCCGCAAUAUUCUGCUUGAUUUUGCUAACGCGAAGCCUGCUCCACGUCCACGAAACCUAGUCAAAACGAUUUUUGUUACAGGAUUCAAUAAGUCUCUGAGUGAAGAUGAAAUGAAAACUUCCUUGAGAGCUCAUUUUAGUGAUUGUGGAGAGAUCAAAAGGAUUUCUCUUCCUUAUUACCAAGAGACUGGUGAUAGCAAGGGGGUGGCUUACCUAGAUUUUAGUGAGGAUGGAUUCAACAAGGCAAUGGAACUAAACGAAAGUGAACUAGGAGGACGGAACAUAGUGGUGAUUGAAGCUAGACCAAAAGAAAAGAAUGCUGAUGGAAAUAGUGGACGUGGCAAUGAUGACUCCUCCAAGAGAGGACCUGGAAGAGGCAAUGGUGAGAUGAGACCGUAGAACACCCAGCAAAGCAAGUGUAAUUUCGCCCUCUGCCCAAGCGAAGGUCGUCUUUGAUGAUUAGUUAAAGAGCUCGUCUUAUCUUUCAGCCCUUUUUUUGCCUAGUUUAUGAGGAAAAAACUUAACUUAUAUGAAUGAUGAGUUGGUUACUCCUGGGAUUUUGUUUUGUUUUUGUGGGUGUGACAUUUUUACUUUGUAGAAACUUUUAAUGAAUUCCUUAAACUCAUGGCUUCACUAAUUGCCAUU